CUACACUUUAUGGACCACAUUUCACGCUUAGCAGCAACACAGACCUCAGAACCACAUCAAAAUGUUCAAGUUGGUGGUGUUGUCAGCUGUUCUGGUGCUCGCCGCUGCACGACCCAGUGGCAUUGCUGCCCCCGCUAUAGCAGCUUAUGCCGCCCCCGCUCCACUUACAAUCGCCGCCGCCGCGCCCAUAGCCACAGCCAUCACGAAGACUGUUCAGUACGCUUCCACCCCCGUGGUUACAGGAUAUACUUCUCAGGUGAUCAAACCCUCUCUGGGUGCCCUCGCCACACCACUGCAGACAGUGUCCCAGAUCCCAGUCGCUGCCCCAGCACGCACAAUCGCCACCAUUGUGCCACAGGCUGAGAUUCGCCAAAUCGCUGUGGCCACCCCUGCGUUGACCACCUAUGCUGGGCCAGGUGUUGCAGCUGUGGCCGCCCCCGCUAUAGCCAGUUAUGCUGCCGCCCCCGCCAUUUCAACCUACGCCGCCCCCGGCUGGGCCUGUACUAAAAACCUUAUGCUACAAGUGCACAAUAACGUAGUAACAUUGGCUAAAGCUUUAGAUAAAGAAUGCGUUGGUCGUCAGCAAACAGUUCCGGAUCAAAUGAAGUCAGAUACAGAAGCAAGGCCCCGCGAACACCUUCAACUAGAGGCAGUGUCCUUGUCAGGGACGGCGAGGGCGUGGUUCGAGCCCUUGGGGCCUAGCCUAACAGUGGUAAUUUUCGCCGCCAUGUUGGCUCUUGCUUCAGCGGCCCCCAGUCCCAGCCUCCUUGCUGCCCCCGCCCUGACAGCCUAUGCCGCCCCCGCUCUAACAUCGUAUGCCGCCCCCGCUCUAACAUCAUAUGCCGCCCCUGCCGUAGCUGUCCACAACGUCCCUGUUGUUACUACUGGUUACCGCGUUGCCUACAGUGUGGAGCCAGUUGAGCAGCACGGUUACAAGAUAGUCUACUAGAUGUCACCACUAACUUCGCGUGAAACUAUCGAUUAUCGCCACCUACCGCCGUCAGUUCUCAGAAUUGGGUGUGACCGAAUAUACUCAAAAGCAGAAAUGCACUUAUUUGAACAUUCCAUUUAGUCAUUGUUGUCCAUUAUAAUUAUUUUAAUAUGCUUAAAUUAAAAACAUAAUUGCAA